AUGAUCCGCAACGGGGCGAGGCGGGGCCAGCGGAUCCUCCCCCGCCGUGAUUGGCUGGGGGGCGUGGCGAUGGGCCGGAAGUCACGGAGAGCCACGUCUGCGGGUUCGGAGAGCUUCAGUCAGGUAGGAGGCGCCGCCGCGGGCUGGCUGGUCGUUGAGGUGGAGCUUAGUGUACUUGAGGAGAUGAAAGAUUAUGGCUUGGUAACAACGCCGCAGCUGCACUACAUGGUGUACUGUCGAAAUACCAGUGGCCGAUAUGGAAAGGCAACCAUUGAAGGUUACUAUGAGAAACUCUCUAAGGCCUUUAUAGAGCUUACCAAACAGGCUUUUUGCAGUGGAGAUGACUAUAGAUCACUUAAGGUUGACUGUGCAAACGGCAUAGGGGCCCUGAAGCUGAGAGAGAUGGAACACUACAUUUCCCAGGGGCUGUCAGUUCAGCUGUUUAAUGAUGGGACCAAAGGGAAGCUCAACCAUUUAUGUGGGGCUGACUUUGUGAAAAGUCAUCAGAAGCCUCCACAGGGAAUGGAAAUGAAGGCUAAUGAAAGAUGCUGUUCCUUUGAUGGAGAUGCAGACAGAAUUGUUUAUUACUACCUUGAUGUAGAUGGUCACUUUCAUCUCAUAGAUGGAGACAAGAUAGCAACACUAAUUAGCAGUUUCCUUAAAGAGCUCCUGUUGGAGAUUGGAGAAAGUUUGAAUAUUGGUGUUGUACAAACUGCGUAUGCAAAUGGAAGUUCAACACGGUAUCUUGAAGAAGUUAUGAAGGUGCCUGUCUAUUGUACUAAAACUGGUGUAAAACAUUUGCACCACAAGGCUCAGGAGUUUGACAUUGGAGUUUAUUUUGAAGCAAAUGGGCACGGCACGGUACUGUUUAGUAAAGCUGCUGAAACAAAGAUAAAACAACUAGCAAAAGAAUCAGGAGAUAAGAAAAGGGAAGCUGCUAAGAUGCUUGAAAAUGUUAUUGACUUGUUUAACCAGGCAGCUGGUGAUGCUAUUUCUGACAUGCUGGUGAUUGAGGCAAUCUUGACUCGGAAGGGUCUGACUGUACAGCAGUGGGAUGCUCUUUAUACGGAUCUCCCAAACAGACAGCUCAAAGUUAAGGUUGCAGACAGGCAAGUUAUUAGUACCACGGAUGCUGAAAGACAAGUGGUCACACCUCUGGGACUACAGGAGGCAAUCAAUGACCUGGUGAAGACGUACAGGCUUUCCCGAGCUUUUGUCCGGCCUUCUGGUACGGAAGAUAUAGUCCGAGUCUAUGCAGAAGCAGACUCGCAGGAAAAUGCGGAUAGCCUUGCACGUGCAGUGAGCCUGGCAGUAUUUCAGCUGGCUGGAGGAGUUGGAGAAAUGCCCCAGCCAGGUUUCUGAAGACAAUUUUUAUGUUCAUGAGAAACUGGAUUUUUAAAAAGUUUUCACAAAAUAGUACUGCCAUAUUGUGACAGGUUCAGACACAUUUCUAAUCAAUAUGUUUACAGUGCAUCUUACUAGAUUGCUUCUAGAACGGAUUUUCUUAAACACUACCAUAGUAAUUCUUUAGAAGUAGGUUAAGCCUUAUACUUGUUAAAUUUAGUUUUUAAAAACGAAACUUACCGAAUUUCAGUCUCACUAAUGUAAAGUACCUGGGCUUCGCUAUGUGAUUCAGUCAUUAACUUUCUCAUACGUGCAGGGAAAAUUCAUCAGGGCUGCUGGAAAAUUAAACCUUAUUAUCAGCUCCUUGGAAUGUCUUUUCCAUCACUGUUACCUAACCACGCUCGCUGUUUUGCAGGACUCACCACUGUUGAUAUGAAUGGGGAGGGUGGAGAAGACUUGAUACAACCAAUUUUUCCACAGCAAAAUUUAGAAUGAUUCUUAAAUGACUUACCUCUUCGAUGAACAUCCCCAGGAACUGAGAGGCAUGGGAUGGAGACUGUGCAUCUCUACUCUGUACAGAGGGUGAGAUGCUCGUGCUGCAUUUAGGAGGCUGCAUGGCCCAGGCUCCAAGUAUUCUUUACUCCUCUUAGUGAAGGUAUGUGGGAGAAAACUAACUGUAACACAUUACCACGCCUCCGACAGAGCAGUGACACCAUUCUGAUACUAGAAGGCGGUCAAUAACAGAAAAAAGAUCCCAACAAAUCUAAAUUAAACAAAGCCUGAAACCAAUAGCAAAAAAUGUGCAGUGUGUAUUUUGCAGGUUUAAGACAAUUCAGGACAGUAAAACAAUGGACUAUAGCUGUAUGGAUAGAUCUCUCUCAGGCACCAUAAUCAAUAUGAGCCAACAAUAUUUAAACUUGAUUCAGGCCACAUUCAGACAUUUGCUCUUAUUUACAAAUAUUUAAAUUAAAUACAACCUGAAAUGUGUUUUGUUACAUACAAAAAAAACCAAAAAAACAAAAAACUAUACAACUCAGAGCAAUAUUUGUUUUAAAUAAUUACAUUUACAUAUAGUUAAAUGGUACCACUUGUAGUGCUUCAAGUUUUCAUCACCCCUUCCAGAAAAUCUUUUUCUACCAUCUCUUCUAUUUUUUGCCUGGCUUUGCUGGAAAAUGGUUUGUGGCUUUCCAGUUUCAUGUCCUUGUUAGGGAAGGUGUUUGAGUAGAGGGUGGGGCUCCCUGAGUGUCCGGCGCAGCGGCUGGUGACUUUGCUGUUGAAGACCUGGCUGAGCACGCUGAAGAACGGCAGGAGCUGCUCGAUGCUGCGCACGGCACACAUGGGGAGCAGCAAGUGCCCCGGCUCCCAGCCCAACGUUCUCCCUGAGUUGUCUUCCUCCGGGUUUUUCUGUAGAAAACACAAGGGCAUUGUUACUAACAGACGAAUAUGGUCCAUGAGAACAUUUCAAAGGGUAUAAACAUCAGCAACAGUUAACAAACAAAUACAAAUGAUGACAUUAAGUCUCCAUUCCAGACUUGAUUAAACUCUUGCUUCUAAAUGAAGCCCCUUCGUGCCAGUUAUGAAGUGUGGGUAGAGGGGUCCAACACUGUACUCACGUUUUCCAACUGGAGCGUGUAAGUACGCUUAGUUAGCAGAAUUGGUUUUGGAGAGGGAGAGUCAAGUAUUGACAGUUAAUGUUGUGCUUUGCAUAUACUCAAAAAGCUCCCAGAUUUCUGGACUCCCACGAAAGUGACCCAGGACUAAGCAAUUAUAGAAGAAGGUUAGGAAGAGACAGUAGUCUUCUGCAUGUCACCUCUAGUAAAUCAGGUAGUUCCCUUUUAGCCAAAUGGCAUAAACUUGCCCCAACAUGGUAGCAGGCUUCAAAGUGAACUGUAAGUACAAGAGAGACACUGCUAUCUGCUGCUUGUGUUAAACAACAUGGGGAGGAGAGCGGAACCCUGGAGUCAAAACAACAGGGCUGGUGUCACAGCUCUGCAGUCAAUCACUGGAGGGCAUUCCUGGGCAAGAUACAGAAUGGUUCCUCAUUUUAAAAAGUGGGGAAAUAUACUCUGUCUUCCAGCAGAGAAGUCAAACGAGAAUGUAGUUUUCUAAAAACUCUGUCAACUAAAUGUAAAUGCAAUUAAAAUAAUUUGUGUACCAAGA